GGGCCCCGGCGCUCAGGCACUCGGCGCCCGCCCCGCCCCUCCCCACCCCGCCCCGCCCCAGGAGCUCCGCCCCGGCCCGCGGCUCUUCCGCCUUAGGCAGCCGCUAGGCGGGAGGGACUAACCCCCCACUCCCACCCGGGGCACGGGGAGCUGAGACCCGUCAGGGUAAGGCGAGGCCCUCGGCUCCUUCCGCCCGCGCCCCGGGUGCAGGUUCCAGAGGCGGCUCCCGGGACUGCGCAGGGGGAGCCGCGCGGGCUGGCUACGCACCGGGCCGCGGGAGCCGCCCGGCUGGGCCACCAGGGGGCGCUGCGGAGCUGGGGGACACCCCUCCCUGCCCGCCUCAGUCCCCCGCCCCCUCCCCGCCCGCGCGCAAAACACUCUCGCCCCAGAGGCAGCGCGGCCGAGCCCGAGCCGCGGCCGGAGCGGAGCCGGAGAGCGGCGGCGGCGGCGGCACCAUGACCCUGGGCAGCUGCUGCUGCGAGAUCAUGUCCUCCGAGAGCUCCCCGGCCGCGCUGUCCGAGGCCGACGCAGACAUAGACGUGGUGGGCGGCGGCGGCGGCGGCGGGGGGGAGCUCUCAGCCCGCUCCGGGCCCCGCGCCCCCCGGGACGUGCUCCCCCACGGCCACAAGCCUCCCCCGGAGGAAGCCGAGGCAGACGUCGCGGAGGACGAGGAGGAGUCGGGUGGCUACUCGGACGGCGAGCCCCGCGCUCUAGCGCCCCGGGGGGCGGCGGCCGCCGCUGGAAGCCCAGGGCCGGGCGCGGCGGCGGCGGCGGCGGCGACGGCGGCCCGGGGCGCGGCGGGGCCCGGGCCGGGACCGCCGCCGUCGGGGGGCGCGGCGACGCGGAGCCCGCUGGUGAAGCCGCCCUACUCGUACAUCGCGCUCAUCACCAUGGCCAUCCUGCAGAGCCCCAAGAAGCGGCUGACGCUGAGCGAGAUCUGCGAGUUCAUCAGCGGCCGCUUCCCCUACUACCGGGAGAAGUUCCCCGCCUGGCAGAACAGCAUCCGCCACAACCUCUCGCUCAACGACUGCUUCGUCAAGAUCCCCCGCGAGCCGGGCAACCCGGGCAAGGGCAACUACUGGACGCUCGACCCGGAGUCGGCCGACAUGUUCGACAACGGCAGCUUCCUGCGGCGCCGCAAGCGCUUCAAGCGGCAGCCGCUGCCACCGCCGCACCCACACCCGCACCCGCACCCCGAGCUGCUGCUGCGUGGCGGGGCCGCCGCGGCGGGCGACCCCGGCGCCUUCCUGCCGGGCUUCGCCGCCUACGGCGCCUACGGCUACGGCUACGGGCUGGCACUCCCAGCCUACGGCGCGCCGCCCCCGGGGCCAGCCCCGCACCCGCACCCGCACGCCUUCGCUUUCGCCGCGGCCGCCCCGUGCCAGCUGUCGGUCCCCGCGGGCCGCGCCGCCGCUGCGCCUCCACCCGGACCUCCGACAGCCUCGGUGUUCGCGGGCGCGGCCUCGGCUCCGGCCCCCGCGCCCGCCCCGGGGUCGGGCCCCGGCCCCGCAGGCCUGCCCGCUUUUCUGGGCGCGGAGCUGGGCUGCGCUAAAGCCUUCUACCCCGCGUCCCUAAGCCCUCCCGCCGCCGGCACCGCGGCGGGCCUAUCCUCCGCACUCCUGCGCCAGGGCCUCAAGACGGACGCGGGCGGUGCGGGCGGCGCGGGCGCAGGAGCCGGGCAGAGGCCUUCCUUCUCCAUAGACCAUAUCAUGGGCCACGGUGGCGGCGGGGCAGCGCCCCCGGGAGGCGGCGAGGGCUCCCCGGUGUCGCCGUUCGCGGCCGCCGCGGGUCCCGGGGGCCCAGCCCAGGUCCUGGCCAUGCUGACUGCCCCGGCCUUGGCUCCGGUGGCCGGCCACAUCCGCCUCUCGCACCCCGGGGACGCGCUCCUGUCCUCAGCGCCCCCGUUCACCGGCAAAGUCGCCGGCCUCAGUGGCUGCCACUUCUGACCGCGGCGGGCUCCGGGCCAGGAAGUUCGCUCUCUCUGAAGCCCAAAGCAGUGUCUACACCAGCGAAGCUGAACGCAGAGGUGAAGCAGGGGUCUGCACAAUCCCGGCAGGAACCCAGAGCCCAGCCCACUGAGGAAAAUCCUUUCUCUUUUGUUCGGGUGCUUUUUAGAGGAACUUGCCCCUUCCCGGUGGCCGGCUGGGUCCAGCCAUCCAGGGCCGGCGGCUCUCUCCCGGCGUCCUGCUCGGGCCCAGGCCCUGCCGUAUUUAUUGUAGCUAAAGGCAAUGAGGAUGGGUGGGAGAGGUGGGUGGCAGGGGGUCCUGUAAUUACUGUAAAUACCUGUACAGCCAGCUGCUCUCUGCCUUCCCUGUCCACUGGCUGUGCAUCGAUUUAGACUUCUCCACUCCAAGGAGAUUGUGAAAUCGUCUGAUGGUUUGUGUGGAAGAAAAGAAAAAUCUGAUUCCCACCCCCACCCCCCAGACUUCCCAUUGGUGUCAAUUGAAUAAAUGUCUGUGAACCUCCGCA